CGCACACCCGGAAAUAGUGCAAAGGGGAGGGCAAAAAGGGUGAGCGGGGAAGAGAGGAAGAAAACCGAGUUUCUGUGACAGCCCCGCCGCUCCGAGGCUUCUGAAGGGACAUGUUGUUAAUUGCGUUAUUUUAAUUAGCAUCGUUUCUGUGCAUAUGUAUAUAAUUUCCUUAUUUUCGCUCGUGUUGUUUGACUUGAAGUUCGUCUGUGUCGCGGCAUUACUUCGGUAGUUCCAGUAAGGGGAUUGUUUGACGGAAAAACGGGGGAACAGAAAAGGCGACUUUUAAGUUACUGGUACGAAUCUCAAAAGCCAUUAAUUUGCGUUAAAUUGAAACUCUUUAAACCAUUGGUAAAUGUAUUAAAUUUAGAUUUUCUGUCGUCAAAGGACAGGAGACGGAGUGUGUCGUGCUCGCCCGUGACACCGGAAUAUGAAUUUGUUUCGACAUAAAUGAACGAUAACAGAAUAAAACCAGUGGAACGAAGUUGAACAAAAACAGAACACCUGCAGCCUGGACUCGUCUUGCGUAUACAAGUGUUUUCAUGUUAUUGUCAUCAUUAUCAUUAUUUUGUAUACAAGCUAAGGAUGACCGUCAAACUGGAUUUUGAAGAAUGUCUCAAAGACUCCCCCCGCUUCAGGGCUGCCAUCGAGUCGGUGGAAGGAGAUGUGAGCGAGCUCGAGACGAGACUAGACAAGCUGGUGAAGCAGUGUAACUCCAUGCUGGAGGCUGGGAAAGUGUACUGUCAGAACAGCAAGAACUUUGUCACAGGGCUGAGGGAACUGGGCCACUACUGUUCCGGGGACAUUACGAUGUCGGAAUGUCUGGAGAAAUUCUCCAACAAGCUGUCAGUCAUUCUGGAGGCGCAAGGGGAAGUGAUAGAGGCCACACAGAAGUCAGUGAAGGCGAAGCUGCAGAACUUUGUGAAAGAGGACGUGAAGCGCUUUAAGGACGUGCGGAAGGAGUUCGAGCGCAGCAGCGAGAGUUUGGAGGCGGCGCUGUCCCGGAACGCUCAGGCCCCGCGUGGAAAGCAGCACGACGUGGAGGAGGCCAGCAACGCCCUGCUCAACGCCCGCAAGGCCUUCCGCUCCGAGGCGCUGGACUACGUGCUGCAGAUCAAUGUCAUCGAGUCCAAGAAGAAGACGGACAUUUUGAACGCGAUGCUGUCUAUGAUGGAGGCCCAGGCUCAGUUCUUCCAGCAGGGACACGAGUCUCUGGCUGAGCUGGAGGAUUACCGCAAGAACCUGAGUGAGCAGCACACUCACCUGGUCCUGAACUCGGCGCGGGAGAAAAGAGACAUGGAGCAGAGACACGCUGCGAUUAAGACGAAGGACAUGUCCUACGAUGACUCCAUCAUGGACUUCAGCCCGGACGCCGUCAGCGGGAUCGCCAUGGAGGGCUACCUGUACAAGAGGGCCAGCAAUGCCUUCAAGACCUGGAGCAGGCGCUGGUUUACCAUCCAGAAAAAUCAAUUGGUUUACCAGAAGAAAUUCAAGGACCAGCCCACAGUGGUGGUGGAGGACUUGCGUCUGUGCACAGUAAAGCCCUGCUCUGAUAAUGAGAGGAGGUUCUGCUUUGAGGUGGUGUCGCCAUCCAAGAGCUGUCUGCUGCAGGCAGACUCAGAGAGGCAGCUGCAGGGCUGGAUCAGUGCGGUACAGAACAGCAUAGCUUCUGCCUUCCAGGACCGAAGAGAAGUCCCACACAGCCCGAGAUGGAGGGAGCGCUGCAGCUCCGUGUCCACGGGCAGUGGGGCGCUGUCAGCGGAGCAGGAGAGCGCGGGGCAGGAGGCACUGGAGGAGGUGCAGAAGAUCCCGGGCAACGGCCAGUGUUGUGACUGCGGCGAGCCGGGCCCCGACUGGGCCUCCAUCAACCUGGGCAUCACCCUCUGCAUCGUCUGCUCCGGCAUCCACAGGAGUCUGGGUGUCCAUUUCUCCAAAGUGCGCUCUCUCACCUUGGAUUCCUGGGAGCCAGAGCUAGUCAGGUUGAUGUGUGAGCUGGGAAACGCUGCAAUCAACAGGAUCUACGAGGCUCGCAUUGAUGAAAUCACCAUCAAGAAGCCCCACCCCUCUAGUCCCAGACAGGAUAAAGAGUCGUGGAUCCGCUCCAAAUAUGUGGAGAAGAAGUUCAUCCAGAAGCUUCCAGAGACGGGCCGGGUGGCCCCCCUGAGGCGCUCCAGCGCCCGGCGCAACCGGGCCAACACCCAGGAGCGGCCCGGGGGACGCCCCCCCAUCAAACCCAAGCCCAACCGGGCCACCCUGCCACGCCUCACAGGCCUGAGCCAGAGUGACCUGGUCCAGAAGAACCACACUGGCUUCCACCAAGACGAGGAGGAGGAGGAGGAUCUGAGCACCCUUCAUCCUGGGGCACUGCUGUACCGCUCGGCCUCGCUGCAGAACUUCCCCGUCAUGGCCGACGCCAUUGCCCACGGCGCUGACGUCAACUGGGUCAACACUGCUGAGGACAGCUCCACCCCCCUCAUACAGGCCGUGUCCGCUAAUUCCCUGGCGGCAUGUGAGUUUCUUCUGCAGAACGGCGCCAACGUCAACCAGGCAGACAGCAACGGGAGAGGACCUCUACACCAUGCGACAAUACUGGGACACACUGGGCUGGUGUGCCUUUUUCUGAAACGGGGGGCGGACUACAACGCCCGGGACAAGGACCAGAAAGACCCCAUCACCAUUGCUGUGGAGAACGCCAACGCGGACAUUGUCACACUGCUGCGGAUCGCCAAGAUGAACAAGGAGAUGCGGGAGAUGGAUGGCGCCUUUGGCCAAUCAGGUGAUGAAACGUAUCAUGAUAUCUUUCGGGAUUUCUCCCAAAUGGCCUCCAACAACCCGGAGAAGCUGAAACGGCGCAGCACCGACAUUAAGACGCCCUGACCACGGGGUGUCGCUGUUUCACCCUUUUGUUAACUUGCGUGUGCAGGCACUGGCCACCCCCUCCUGCUGGGCUUAACAUCAGGUCCGUCACCCUCCAGUUACAACAACACCAAGGGCCUUAUUUAACAUUUUUUGAUGUUGCAGGAAGGUGAAACCAGUGCCAUGGCAUUAAAGAAACGGCAUAACAACGUUAUGGAUCAGAACAGGGAUUGAUUUUAGGAUGGGUCGGAAAUGCUGUUCCUUGAAGGGCUAGAGUUGAUAUUUUUUUGGUAUCUUUUUGAUCUGGGACUGAAAAAUGCCACACUAGGAGGAAGUAUUCAUUUUAAGGAACUCUUUCAACAGGACUAAAGCCUUCAAUCCCCCACACCCUUCAAAGAUCUGCAGAGAACAGUGACCUGGUACUCGAUUUGAACUCUAAUUUCCAUCACAGGUCAUUCAAUCAUUUGAAAUGUAACAAUUAUCAGUAUGACUUUAUUUCAUUCUAUCCGAUUGUUUCCCCACUGUAAUACAUGGUUCUCUAUAUAGAGAUUGGCCCACAACAUCCCAGUUAAUUCCAAUGCUUGGAUUCUUGUUUCCAAAAGGAUCUAGCCAAAUGCAUCUCUGUGUCACACAAAUCCUGUCUUCAGUUUGGAUUUUAUUUAGGAUGUAAUGUGUGUACAUGUACAAAACACAAAACAACCAUAUUGCCCAGAGGAGAGAACAGGAAAGUGUUACUAAAACACUUAAUACCCCUUUAAGAGGAAAACACUGGAAACAUUAUUUCCAAUGUGGUUGUCUUAAAAGACUAUUAACAAUUACAGGCAUUACACAGUGGUCACAGUGGCAAGUUACACAGUGGCGUGGUGACCAUUACAGCCAAGUAGUAAAGAUCUUACACUUCAUCACAGUAAUUACAGUGGGUGCCAUUCAACAACCAUUGGAAUAAUUCUCUAUUUUUCAGUAAAAAGGGAUUUUCAGAUGUGGUAAAAUGUGCUAGUCCGGGUCCUGAGCAGUUCAGCAGUUAAGGUGUUCACCUUGAAAGUAAGCUGAGCUCUACUUCCCAGGGGUCGAUCCCAGCUGUGUCAUCAGCUAAUGAUGACCAGGAGCCAACAGCAGCAAAAAAAAAAAAAAUUGGCUUCAUUCUACAGAUGAUAGGGGUGGAUAGGUUUUUCAGGGUUUCCUCAUCUCAAGUAGGGUUGCAUAAAAGAAAAGACACAAAAUGUGCUACUCCUCAGUGAGGACUUGUUCAAAAUAAAAGACAUUAUGUGUCUUAAUCCUCUAUAAGACACAUGGAAGAUCAUGUAUGUGAUUGGGCGUGCCAAUUUCUGGCAUCAUAGUGCACGAGGCAGUGCAAUCAUUCUAGCAGCUAAGGGUGCGCUUUAGGGCUAGGGCUUGCACAUUCUCACUAUAGCAGGCAGUGUCUCAGUUUGUGAUAGGGUGCAUUAUACUGAUGAGCCUGGUUCAUGUUUGUCAAGGGUUGUUGGCAUUUAGUCCAGCUAGUCCAGUCAGGGCAAAAUGUUUGGAUGGAAUGGAUGAAGAAGGCCUUCAGGACCAGAUGUGACAUCCCAGAAAGAUGGAUUUUCUGUUUGGACCCGAAGGCCGUUAGUCUAAGGAAAGUAGCUAGGUUGAGCAGUGGAGGGUGGGCAUGAAAGGAGCACAGCCACAUUCACGAUCAAGGGCACAGAAACGACCUGACAUGGCAAUUGCAAUAGUUUUUUUUUCCAAACUGCAGUUCUUCUUCCCCACCCCAAGGUGUCGGCGUUGUAAAACGUAACGAGCAGAAUGUAACAUAAUCUGGGGUGCAAUUUUUUUUUUUUUUUUUUUUUUUUGGGGGGGGGGGGGUUCCUUUGUUUUUUCCAGAAAAGAUAUUCUGUGUACUUGUUGUUUUGUAUUUUUUUUCCAGCACCUUGGAUAUUUUGUAUUGUCAGAAUUCUCUUUAUCGUCAUUGUUUAUCAC